GCUAAACCUUUUUUCUUGAGUAUUCUCGUCUUUUAAAAAAUUUCGUACUCGAGUAUUUUCUGAAAAGUACUCGAGUACUUUUUAGAAAAUACUCGUACUCGUACUCAUACUCGACGCCCAGUACUCGCCCAUCUCUGGCUUGCUAUUAUCGACACUUUCCUUUUUCUCACAAUUCAGAAAAACAUAAAUACAACAUCGACAAAAUCGUCGCGAAGGCACAUUUUUUUACUUUCAUUCUUAAUUCUACUUUUAACACAAACAGAUUUUAAUACCGAGAAGAUUGAAAAAUUGCACAGGUCAGCUGUUUCACUUUCUCUUCUAAUAUACAAUUCAAUUUCAACUAAAACUUACUCAAGUAAUUUUACUCUUCCACCUGGAUAUACUAGGCUGGUGUGAGAAGAAACUGGUCUUAAAUUCCAAGUACAGUAUCAUAACGCUGGUAGCAUCUCUGUGUGCUAAUAGUUUCAGCGGGAUUAUAGCCAGUGAUCUUAUGAACCAUAUCAAAAUAGAGCCCUUAAUUUUGAAAAGAUCACUCAUAAAAUGUGUUUUUAGCUUUUCACGAGAGAAUCAAGCCCACAUCAGGCAAACAUGCUCCAUCUAGAUCUCCAGAUAGAGGGAUAUACAAUUUCGUUUUUAUAUGGUUCAUAACAGGAUCUAAUCGACGAUAACAUUGCUUCAUCAAGUCAACCGGUAGAUAGUCUUUCAUUAUAAGAUUCAAUAAUCAGGAAAUGCAGACGCGAAAUAGCUUCAGACAACAUCCGGUGGUUUCAACAGUCGCGGUAUGUUGCGAAUAAUUGAAUUUUUAUCGAACAAUAGCAAGUGAUUUACAUCACUCUUCAGCAAGACAUAUAUUUCAGCACAAACAAGAAUCAUGUGGCAUUAUGGUCAUACAUCUCAUCACAUUUCAUUAUUCUAUUGUGCAUCAAUGGAGAUUUCUUUUCUUUUCAUUUAUUAAAAUAGAUAUUUUAAUUGCUUUCGUACUUCACUUCUUAUGAAUAGUUUUUGUUUGUAUUAUCUACUAAUAUGUCUUUUGACUAAUAGUACGGCACUGUUAUUAUUUAUCGCGUAUAACAUUCCUCUUGGUCGCUUCUGUUAUUUAGGUUAAAAAAUAAAUUAUUAUUAAAAUCUGACACCUUAACUGUGUAUCGGAUUGGUAAAUCUGCGAACUAUAUGUCAAACCCACUUGUCAUUUAUACUUCUAAAGAACCACACUGUUUCUGACUUUUAUCCACACUGAGGUAUACGUCAAUUAAAAGAGUAUACUCUUAGACUUCCAGAGUGAUUUGCAUAGCCAUUAUACCGCAAGAUAACGAUGUCGAGGGACAAAUCCGAGUCAUACAUUCGAUAGAAGUAUGUCGAUCCUGUAUAAAAGCAUUAGUUUCUUGACACUUACGUAGCUGACGAAAAUAACGUGUCUGCAAGGAAGUUUUAGAAUACGCAACCGCAAUUGAAGUUUAAUUUAUUCAACAGGAUUAUAAAAAGAACAGAAAAGAGUUAUGUUAUGUAGCUAUUGAGAGAGCUUGAUGAGCUGAAUCGAAUGGCAUAACUUUUGAGUAGAUCUGCAUGAAAAAAGUUUAGAAAGAAUUUCGGACUCUUUGUGGAUCGGUUGAGUGUCUCUGAUGUUGUGACUUUAAUGCUCAUGUGUUUGGACGUUUUUCUUUUUUUUUAUCGUGUUGUUUAUUAAACAUCAGAAUUAACAAGGAAAAGAAGAAACAGUAAAUAGGAAGAAUGUGUGAAAACAAAAAAUAGAAUAAUACAUGGCAUAAAAAUAUCUGAUACAUGUGUGUCUUAUAUUCGCUUUGAACAAAAACAUGGAAGUAAAAGCUUACAAAAUUUCGCAGUAAAAUACAAAAUAACUGCCAGUGCGGAGAGAAAAGUGCCCCCCAAAAACCUGACAUCUAGACGAGCGCGUGAUUGAAAAUAUACUACGAGAAAAGAAGCGAAAAAGUAUCUGACGAGAAAUAAUCUUCUCUCGGAACUAGUAACUGUCGCACGUUAUACUACCAAAAAUGCGGGAUGAGAGCCAAAAGUAUGUGCGAGGAAUUCAUUUUGAUGCUCGAUUCUCUGUGCCAAAAAAAACACUGGAAAAAACGGUACAACUAAGCAAAGAUACACGAAAAACUAAAAAUCAAAUUCUUAUACAGGUUUAAGCAGUUUUGUGAGGGACACAAAAUUGUUAUCAAAGAAAAAGAGAGAGGGAGGAUGGGGAGUCAGAUUUGAAGAUCACGUUAGGUAACCAUACUAGUUAACCAUUGUCGAGUGCUUCACAGAUGCGAGAAAAAACCGAUCCGUAAGAUUUGAUUCGUUUCGCGCUCAAAAGAUACAUGAGUCGCAUCAACAAUCAAGUCAUUGAGCCGGUCAUAUAUUCUUUGGACAAAGGUACACUCUCCAUAGAUGGUACACAGUUUCAGGUUGAUCACAAAAACACAUUGUUUUUCUGGACGUCACUUUGGAAGUCUAAGAGUAUACUCUUUUAAUUGAUGUAUACCUCAGUAUGGAUAAAAGCCGGAAACAGUGUGGGUCUUUGGAAGUAUAAGUGACAAGUGGGUUUGACAUGUAGUUCGCAGAUUUACCAAUCCGAUACACAGUUAAGGUGUCAGAUUUUAAUAAUAAUUUAUUUUUUAACCUAAAUAACAGAAUCGACCAAGAGGAAUGUUAUACGCGAUAAAUAAUAACAGUGCCGUACUAUUAGUCAAAAGACAUAUUAGUAGAUAAUAUCGGGUGGCGCAUAAUAAACGGGACACUUUUGUUCUUUAUUUUUAAGGCACUUACAAAUGACCUAAAACUCUGGCUCUGUUCUCAUUCGAUAGAGAAUUGAAUUCUCUACAGAACCUGCUUUUUGAAUCUCUGAUAGCAUUUUUCUUGUUUGAGCACCACUCAAAAUAUUGAAUAGUGCAAAAUGCUCAAACUGCGACGUGCUUUUGUUAUAUGCUUUUUUGAGAUUUUUAGCCCAUUAUCUGAGAUUCAGUAGUUGCUUUUCUAGGUAGAAAAAUAGAGAAUUUUGUGCUCUAUCGGUCUCACUCAUUUAUAACUUCAUAUAAUGUUUUCGCUACGUCAUCUGGACUCCUAAAUAGUUCUCAACCGGCUUUUCACGCUUUUUCAAAUUAAAUUAAUUUUAUAAAUAAUGGUUUCAAAAACUUGUCAGGACCUAGGAUGGAUACCGCUAACCGUUAAUGUUUGCACCAUUUAUUUUCAGAUGUUUGUAUUUGAAAAAAGUGUCAAUGUUCUGCUAAAAUAACUCAAAUUACAUCAGUAUGAAAAUGCCAAUUAUGAUGCGUUACUGUUGCAUAGUGUAAUUAACCUAUUGAAUUAUAUUGCUUGUGGUGUUCAUCAUGAAGAAAAAUUAAAAUCGGAUCUCUGGGCACUAUUGAAGUAAAUCGACAAAAAUUUAUUUUUUCUUUUCUUUUUCUUUCAUUUCUUACUCAUUGAACUUUGUGGAUUUUUUUGCUUAGUUAAUGAUAUAUUUAAUGCAAACACGUAUAAAAACGGAAGUGAUGAUUUACUCGAACUAGCUUGGACAGUAUUGUGGAAUAUAACAGAUGAAACAGCUGAGAAUUGUCGAAAAUUUUUUGAAGAUAAUAAUGGUCUGCAAGCAUUUGUAGAUUGGCAUAUUUUGAAUGUUGGUCCUGAAUUAUCAAUUAUUAGCACAGAUCGAAAUGAAUUAAAUAAUUUGAAAUGA